GGCACCAACAAGGAGGACCGAUAGAAAAAGUCAAGAUUGGUUGUUGAACGUCUUCGUCGUCGUGAAUUUUUAUUUACGCUAGAUUAAAACAAAAUAAGAAAAUCGAUCUAAUUAUUUCAAAUAAAUUUAAAUAUCGUAAAAACUUUAAUCAAUUGAUAUAUAAUUUAGUUGAUAUGGAUGUAAAAUUAAAGAAAAAAUAUGAAAUUUCGUUCCAACAUUAGAAUUGUGUAGUGCAGAGAAAAAAAAAGUGCUCAUUUGUGAUUCGAAAAAACGAAUGAAAUUUUAGUCCUUUACUCGAUGAAAUAAAAAUUCAAAAAAAAAAGUACACAGUAGAACGGACGAGCAAAGUGUUUUUAAAAUUCCCCAAAUGAAUAAGGAGUAACACGUUAAAAUUAAGUUCUUUUUUUCGUUUUAAAUAAAAACAACACAAAAAUACAAAAAAAAAAAAACAACAACAAAAAAAGGAAAACACAGGAAAAAAAAGAAGCAACUUUGAGAAAUUUUGUUGUUUGUGAAAAUCUGAUAAAGUGGAGGAGAAUUGUAGACGAAUCCAAAAUAUGAAUCUAAGGGGGACUGCUCCCAAGAAGGAAGGAAAGAUGCGGAUUCGUGCCUUUCCGACUUCCAUGGAUGAAAAAUAUGUAGAAACAAUUUGGGCCAGUCUUAAAAAUGCCAUUCAAGAAAUACAAAAGAAAAAUAACUCGGGUUUGUCUUUUGAAGAACUCUAUCGCAAUGCCUAUACCAUGGUAUUGCACAAACAUGGCAAUCGAUUGUACUUUGGACUGAGAGAAGUGGUAUCUGAUCAUUUGGAGAACAAGGUGCGACCCGAGGUCUUGGAUAGUUUACAUAACAAUUUUUUGCCAAAAUUAAAUCAAGCGUGGAAUGACCAUCAAACGUCCAUGGUCAUGAUUCGAGAUAUUCUCAUGUACAUGGAUCGAGUUUUUGUGCAGCAACGAGAAGUCGAGAAUGUUUACAAUUUGGGAUUGAUUAUAUUUAAGGAACAGAUUGUCCGCCAUCCUGUAAUUCAGGAGCAUCUGCGAGAGACAUUGCUCGGCAUGGUUUUACUGGAACGCAGUGGAGAGGUUAUAAAUCAUCUGGCCAUUAAAAAUGCCUGCCAGAUGCUAAUGUCACUGGGAAUUAAUACGAGGUCGGUAUACGAGGAUGACUUCGAGGUACCAUUCUUAAAGCAAUCUGCAUCCUUUUACAAAGUAGAAUCGCAAAAAUAUUUAGCUGAAAAUGAUGCUGGUGUUUGCAUAAAGAAAGUUGAGGCACGAAUUCAAGAAGAAUCAGCACGUGCUGCUUUGUAUCUCGACAAGGACACAGAACCGCGCAUUGUUAAGGUUGUCGAGGAUGAGCUAAUUAAACACCACAUGAGGACUAUCGUCGAAAUGGAAAACUCUGGAGUUGUGUACAUGAUUAAGAACUCGAAAACCGACGAUCUUGCAUGUACAUACAAACUCUUUUCACGCCUCAAAGACAAGGGUUUGAAAGUAAUUGCCGACACAGUGUCUGCCUAUCUUCGUGAACAAGGUCGAUUGCUGGUCAAAGAAGAGGAGAAUGGCACCAAUCCGAUAACAUUUGUGCAAAAUCUCCUCGACUUGAAGGAUCGCUUUGACCAUUUCCUGCAUCAUUCGUUUAACAAUGACAGGAUCUUUAAGAAUAUGAUUUCGUCGGAUUUUGAACAUUUUCUCAAUUUAAACAGCAAAUCACCCGAAUAUUUGUCACUAUUUAUUGAUGAUAAAUUAAAGAAGGGUGGCAAAGGAAUGACCGAACAAGAAAUUGAGACAAUACUGGACAAGACAAUGGUACUUUUCCGAUUCCUCUUGGAGAAGGAUGUAUUUGAACGUUACUACAAGACACAUCUAGCCAAGCGAUUGUUGCUAAACAAAUCAGUCUCAGAUGAUUUCGAGAAGAAUAUGAUAUCUAAAUUAAAGACUGAAUGUGGCUGUCAAUUUACUUCUAAAUUAGAAGGAAUGUUUAAGGAUAUGUCUGUAUCAAAUACAAUUAUGGAUGAAUUCAAAAACUAUGUAAAUAAUCAUAAAUUAUCGUUAGCGGGAGUUGAGCUGACAGUUAGAAUUUUAACAACAGGUUUCUGGCCAACACAGACUGCUACGCCUAAUUGCAAUAUACCAGUGGCGCCGAGAACUGCAUUUGAGACGUUUAAAAAAUUCUAUUUAGAUAAACAUUCUGGUCGGCAGUUAACAUUACAACCACAAAUGGGUACUGCAUAUAUAAAUGCUGUUUUCUAUGGAACAAAAUCGGAAUGUGAAAAAGACAAGGAUGGCCCUAGUUCAAGUUUGUCUACAAGUACUAAUGGUGGCCCAACAACGACCAGAAAACACGUCCUCCAAGUAUCAACGUACCAGAUGUGUGUUCUUAUGCUAUUUAACAAUCGUGAACGCCUUUCAUAUGAUGAAAUUCAACAAGAAACAGAUAUUCCGGAAAGGGAACUCAUCAGGGCCUUACAAUCACUGUCAAUGGGUAAACCAGCACAAAGACUGCUAGUGCGCAAUCCCAAAACAAAGGAUAUUGAACCCUCAAAUGAAUUUCAUAUUAACGAUGCAUUCAUAUCGAAGUUUCAUAGGGUUAAAAUUCAAACAGUCGCCGCAAAGGGUGAAUCUGAACCGGAACGACGAGAGACACGUGGCAAAGUGGACGAAGAUCGUAAACAUGAAAUUGAGGCAGCGAUUGUUAGGAUAAUGAAGGAUAGAAAACGAUUGACGCAUAACCUGCUUGUGUCGGACGUCACAUAUCAGCUUAAGUCAAGAUUUCUACCUUCACCUGUAUUUAUUAAGAAGCGAAUAGAGAACCUCAUCGAGAGGGAAUAUUUAGCUCGAACGCCAGAAGAUCGAAAAGUCUACGUAUAUUUGGCUUAAAAAAUUCAAAAUCUACAAGAGGAAGGAAAACAACAAAACUAAAAAUAAAAAACAAAAAACUGAAAUUUUUUUCGUUUCUUCAGGAAGUUUUUUUUUUACAUAUUUUGAUUUCUGUCUCGUUAAGUCGAUCUGGCAGAGACAAAAAAGCCAAAAAAAAAAAAAACACUGUUAUUAAUAUUUUGUCUCUGUUUACCUUUUCAAUGGCAAAAUAACUUUUUUUCCUUAUCAGACAAAAAAAAAAAAAAAAAAUGAAGAAAUAAACAAUAAAAAUAGAGAUAUGCUUACAACUUAUUUUUAUACCAUCUUUAAGUUUUAUUUCACACACAAAAUUCUUUGCUUUUUCUUUGUCAUCGUGUCUUCAUUUAUCACUGA